UCUCUCCUCCUCUCUCCUUUCUCCUCCUCCUCCUUCCUUCUUCCUGCCUCCUCUCUCCUCCUCCCUCCCUCCUUUCUCCUCCUACUCUCUCCUCCUCUCUCCUCCUCCCCCCUCUCGCCUCCUCCUGCUUCUCCACCUGAAGCGGUCUCUCCCAUCCGUGCUCUCUGCACCUCAGAUGGAAGAAGCCUGCGCUCCUGUCCGGACGAGCGGCUGUUCCUCCCGCAGACGAGCCGCCGUAGGACACCGCAGGGCGGGGAAGCAGCGUCUGCUCCGUCCUGCUGCUGCAUGGUAGACACGGGGAGACGCCGCCGCUGCUGUUGAUGCUUAAUUACAGCACCGAGAAGCUGCAGCCGAACAUGAGGCUCCGACCGGGAGGCUUUCGCCCCGCAUGCCUGCUCCUGUGUCUGAUAUGGACGCAGCUGCGGACGGCAGAAUCGUCAUCCGGUGAUCGAGAGCUGCGCCUCCUUUCUUCUAGUCGGACUAGUCGUCUCCCUCCAUCUUUGUACCCGCGGCACCAUGUGUCCGAGUCCCACCCCCACCACCUUCACCCCCACCAUCACCGUGCGCUCCCCGCCCGCUUGGCCAAAGUGAUGCCGGCUGCUCUCCUGGGGUUCCGGUUCCGUCAGGAGCCUGGUGGUGAGCGCUCGGUCAACUUGUUGGCACAACCACGCCAUGAGGUGCAGCCAGAGCACGCGGUGGUGUCUGCACGGCAUCUGGUUACCGUGUACCUGGCCGUGGAUGUGCGGAGGCUCAACAGCAGUCUUCUUCGAUGGUUUCGGGAAGGGGUGGCGGCAGCGCUGGCUGUUCCUGCUGGACAUGUUCACAUCAACCGGCUGAAUGAGAAAGAGAACGGCAUCGAGCUGUUCGUGUCCUCUGAUAGGCUGGGGAUCUCAGAGCCCCGCCUCGCCGAGGAGGUGAUCCAAUCGCUGAACGUCAGAGUCCUCCAUCGACAUCUGGGACACUUCGGCAUCACUGAGGUCUCCACCGAGAAGAACGUGCUGCAGGGUGAGCAGAGGGAUCACGUGUGGAACAGAGAAGGGUUUUACGCUGUCGUCCUCUUCUUCACCGUCUUCGUCAUCAUCAUCACCUGCUUGAUGGUUUUGUAUCGACUGAAGGAGAAGGUUCAGGUUUCUAACAGACAACUGAAAGGUCCUUCACUUGACCUCCACCUGACCCUUACCCUCCCUCCAGACUCUGCCCAGAGGUCAAAGGGCAACAAGGUAGUGACGUCAAGUGACGGAAGCAUGGUCCAGGCUGAGCUCCCGCCAACUGUAGCCACGCCCAUUCCCCAGCAGCAGCCAAUCGCAGCCUGCCGCCGCCUCACGCCACCUGUUGCCCCUUUGCCGCGCCCUGCUCCCGGCCACGUCCUCGUUGUCAACUGUAACGGUCACCCCCCCGUCACCAGUAUCGCCCCACUGUCAGCCAACGAGCUGAAGCCCUGCCCCUCGCCCUUCAGGAUGAAACCUGCAGCAGGUCUCCAAGAAAGACGCGGCUCUAACGUGUCUCUGGUGCUGGACAUGUCGGCCCUCGGCUCGGUGGAGCCGCUCAGCGCCGCGGUGGUGUCGCCCAGAGAGGCGGCAGCCAGGGAGUACCUGCUGUCCGCCGGCCGCCCGCUGACGAGGCAGCAGCUACGAGACGCCGUCAGCAACGCGCACAGGCUGCAGGCCGAGUUCGCUGAAAUUCCUAUGAAUUUCGUUGAUCCCAAGGAGCUGGACAUCCCAAACCAUGGACCCAAGAACAGAUACAAGACCAUACUGCCCAACCCUCACUCCAGAGUGAUCCUAAAGUCGAAGAGCUGCAACGACCUGCUCAGCUCCUACAUCAACGCCAACUACAUACGGGGUUACCUCGGCCAUGAAAAGGCUUUCAUCGCCACCCAGGGUCCCAUGGUGAACACCGUUAACGACUUCUGGCAGAUGGCCUGGCAGGAGGAGUCACCGGUCAUCGUCAUGAUCACCAAACUGAAGGAGAAGAACGAGAAGUGUGUCCUGUACUGGCCAGAGAAGAGGGGCAUCUAUGGGAAGGUUGAAGUGCUGGUCAACAGCGUGAGAGAGUGUGACCACUACACCACCCGCAGCCUCACGUUAAAGUGUGGAAACCAAACCCACCUGCUGCAGCAUUACUGGUACACGUCAUGGCCCGACCACAAGACCCCCGACUCUGCCAUGCCCCUGCUGCAGCUGAUGGCCGACGUGGAGGCCGACAGGCAAACGGCUGCUGCUGCGGGUCCAGUCAUUGUCCACUGCAGCGCCGGGAUCGGCCGCACCGGCUGCUUCAUCGCCACCACAAUAGGCUGUCGGCAGCUGCAGCUGGAGGGAUCGGUGGAUGUGCUGAGCAUCACCUGCCGGCUGCGAGCCGACAGGGGUGGUAUGAUCCAGACGUGGGAGCAGUACGAGUUCGUCCAUCACGCCUUGAGCCUGUACGAGGCCCGACUCUCUGCACAAACGGACAAUGAGCAGAUUCCACAGCAGCGCGUCGCUUACGCCAGCUGAAGGUUUGCGACUCUCAUUGACCAGCGGAGAAAAGGUAAAGCUUCUGGAACGGAAUGUAUCUCCUCUUCUACCUAGUUUCUUCUUCAGCUGAGAGCUGCUCACGUCGCCUCUGCUAACUGUUUUCUGUUCUGAUUGAAUUGGAUGAUGAAUUGCAAACUGUUUCAGUGUCUCCUAGCUUUUUAAAGCUUUAGUUGGAAAUGACUGUUAUCUGGCUGCACCUCGGGUUCAGCUGCUCAGCCACUGCCUUCCUCAGCUCUCUGCCUGCUACAAACACAAUAAAUAAUGAACACGUGCAGAACAUGAACAUCUGUGUUUUCAGAAGAAGCUUCCUCCACAGAGGACCGUCUCUAUUGAACUCAUUUCAUCAGACUAACAUUCGUUCUCCUGGUGACUCGUGGAGGGCUGAGGUCACACGUGAGGCUCUAGACACACACAUUCAGAAAGCUCAUGAACCCUGCUGAGCGCCAGCAGCUCAGUAACGUAUAACAUGUAACACGUGUGUAACUACACACAUGGCAAUUAAUGGAUGCUCACCUGUGAACUCAAGCAAUAUUCAAUUAAACCAUCCACUAUAAACAGUCAUAUCCAGGCUGAAGGUUUUCCCCAUGUGAACGUGCUUUGUGUGAAAAAACUGUGGUGAUUAUUGCGAUCAUGUUAAAACUCGGUAAUAACAGGUGUGUUUACGUUAAAACUAGAGGCCAAAUCAAUGAGGAGAAACGGAGGCUCAGCGCUGGCAUUGCACUACGUGAACACUUUAUAGUCUGGUAGAGUAGAAACCCUUGUUGUUGCUUUAUACCAAAAAUGUGAAAUGAUGAUCAUCUCAUUACUAUGCUGUUGUAACUGAUGGUUUCCAGUGACUGUGUUAUUUUGGUGUAGCAGAGUAAUAAUACCUUUAUUUUUAUACUGUUUUUUACUUUACUACUUGUGUUUAGCAGCCAACACAUGAAGGCUUGUUACGCUGUUCACCCGGACAGUCGGGCAGUGGCUGAUGGGAUCCACGUCUCUGUGGAUGAGUGGGCAGAGGAGAGGAAUAGUGCAAUACACAGCCAAGCUGGAACACACAUGUAAAGGUUGUGUUUUAUCUGGGCCUCAUCUUGAAGCAGUAAAGGUGAUGCUCCUGCACCUUCACUGUCCCUUAUGGUGCAAUAAUCUAUAGUCGUUCCUUCCUGUCCAGACCUUCUGGGGUAACAGUGUACAAACCUCAGCGUCCCUGAAUUUCAACAGUAUCAACUGUCUUGAAAGUGCUGAGGUGCUUUUGGUUGUGACCCGUGUUUAGAGAGCUGAGGUUUCUACUAUGAUAACAAUGAGGAACAUUCCAUGUGUGGAUGACAGCGUUGUACAGGAAAUGUCAAAGUGCUAUUAAAGCCGGUGUGGGCAGUUCCCCCCUCAUCUACAGAGACGGACGUCGACACUGAAUGAAGAUGACGUCCAUGUACUGAUCCAAUGGACUGGUUGUGAUGCCAUCAGAACCAUCACUGACCCACACUGGACCUCAGACUCUGAAAUGACUGAAGGACGACAGAGGAAACUUCCAGCCGCUGGCGCCACAGUGGGGUCCACGCAGGCUGCCUCUGGCCUGCUACUGACAGAGUACUGAUGGAGUACUGACAUGGUACUGACGUACUGUGUGUACUUACAGACUGUGUAUGUACAGCAGCUGGUUCAUGUCCCGUACGGUUUGUUGUUCACCUUUGCUGGAGUUUAAAGGGACCAAACGUUUUAAUCGUUUCAUCUUAUGAAACAUAAUUCUCCUUAAAGGUCACGUUCUGCGUUUCCUCCUAUUGUUUCUAGGUCAUUUGUCUAUUAAAUAGCUAAACGCCUUUAAAUGUCUUGUUCUGUUUAUCUAAAAGGUUCCUGAUGGUCCAAAUGAUAACGUCUUAAUUUAGACUUUGGUGAAAGAUAUAACAUAUUUUAAACAGAAAAGCAUCUGAAUUAAAUCUCUGUUUAUUUAUUUAUUAUGCUUUUUAAAUAUUAAAUGCUUUGUAAAACAAAACUAUGGCCCCGAUACAGAAAUCGUCCCUUUAAACUCCAGUUCAGAGGCCGAUAGUUAAUGUACAGUAUGUUCCCAAUCAACUUGUUUGAAUGUUAAUAUAGCCAGAACAUUAGUGCUGUAAUAAUCAACAUACGCUGUGUACUGCUGUAACGUGAACAUAAAGAUUGGACGGACAGACGA